CUGCCUCUGCAUGUUUGCCCACAAAACCCUAGCGAUAGCUCCAUCGCCAUCAGCUUAAUUCCAUCAAUGCGAAAUGGUUAAGCCCCCCAAAUACGUGCUUCACAAAACCCAUUCCCCACUUUCCUCUGCCCUCCAUUCGACUCGCAAGCUGCUCGUUAACAUUGUGAUUCCCCCUUUAAUCUUUGCUACCUUCCUCACCUUCUUCCUCCCGUUUCUCGCCUUCAAGCUUUUCCUCUCCAUCUUCAGAUCCAUUUUCAGUGAAAAUGUCGCCGGAAAAGUCAUCCUCAUCGCCGGAGCAUCUUCUCCUCUCGGCAAGCAUCUGGCUUAUGAGUAUGCGAGGAGAGGAGGAUGCUUAGUCCUGGUGGCCGGCGGGAGGGAAGACCAGCUCCGGGAGGUCGCCGACAGGACCCGGCAGCUGGGGUCUCCCUGCGUUAUGGCGAUUCCGGCAGACGUUUCCAAGGUGGAGGACUGCAAGGGGGUGGUGGAUGCAACAGUGAAUUACUUUGGAAGAUUGGAUCAUUUGGUGACAGAUACUGGUAUUGCUUCAAUUUGCAAGUCCAUGUUUGAAGAUGUCUCUGAUAUCACUAGUCUCGCAUCCAUAAUGCAAAUGAACUUCUGGAGUUCAGUUUACAGCACUCACGCAGCAAUUCCACACCUACGAAAAACCAAAGGGAGGAUCAUUGUGAUUGCACCCUCAUCUGGACGGUUGCCUUCACCAGGACUCGGCUUAUAUAAUGCAAGUCGAGAUGCACUAAUAAGUUUAUAUGAGACUCUGAGGUUUGAGUUUGGGAAAGACAUUGGAAUAACAAUUGCAGCUCCAAGGUUGAUUGCACAUGAAAUAUCCCAAUUCGGGGCAUUCCUAGCCAAGGAUGGACUGACAGAAUCUGAACAAGAAAUCGGAGAUGUUCAAAGCCAUCUCUUCAAACUCGACUCAGCAGAAGCAUAUGCCAAGGCAAUAGUAAAGAGUGCUUGCGGAGGAAAAAAGUACCUGACUGAAUCAUCUUGGAUGAAAGUGGCAUUUCUUCUUCAAGUGUUCUGCCCAAAACUACUGUAUUGGUGGCGCAGCUCCUUGUCAAUCGCCAGGCAGGUGAAAUUGGAAAUUUCAUGGAAGGGAGGGAGUGGCAAGCAAGUCAUGGAUCUGCACGGACCAAUGAAUUAUCCAUCCCCAGGCACAAGCAAGCAACUCAUGGAUCUGCACGGACCAAUGAAUUAUCCAUCUCCAGGCACAAGCAAGCAACUCAUGGAUCUAAGCGAACCAAAGCAUUACCCAUCUCCUGGCACAAUAUAUUUCCCCAAGCUCAAUGUCCCGAGAAGAUCGUGGAUUGAAGGGGCUCGAAUGUUAAGGUCUUUUGCCCACGCAUGGUACAACUCCCCUAGCUCAACGUGGAACGACAGUAAAGAAGACAUGCUGGAAAAAACAGUAAUUUAGACUUUAUGGUCCAUUAAUGGUAAUGCAUGGCUGUUGCUUCUUUGAUCCAUCAAAGUACCCAUGGUCACAAAGAGGAUGGUUAUUGCACAAUCUUAAUCACUUCAAAUAAAUCACCGGAUCCAGAUUAUAAAUAUUCAGAAUUUUCCA